GGAAACACAUUUUAGCAGAGCAAAAAAACAGACAAAAGAAAGCAUUUAAAUCAACAUAGGGCAAAGGACCUGAUUAGGUCUGACUAACGUAUCAUGAUGCAGAUUGUAAAGGUGCUAUUGGCAAGGCAAGUAUGGAGUCUAUGAGGUUAUUUUCUAUGUCUGGCCUUUUUGUUUUGCCACUCGUGGCACUAAUGAUACCGGCGAGUAUUGGGAGCGGUUGGCAAAGAUGCAGAUUUCCAGCAAUAUACAACUUUGGGGACUCUAAUUCAGACACUGGGGCUUGUAAUGCGGCAGUGGCUGAGAUUCCGUCACCAUAUCGCCAAACCUUCUUCAAGCAACCUUCAGGACGAGCUUCUGAUGGUCGUCUCAUCAUUGAUUUUUUAGCUGAGAAUUUGGGAUUACCAUACCUGAGUGCCUACCUGGACUCAAUUGGGACAAAUUUCAGGCAUGGUGCUAAUUUUGCAACAGGUGGGUCUUGCAUUCAACCUGCAUGUGGAUAUAGCCCCUUCAACCUUGCAACGCAAGUUUCUCAAUUCAUACACUUCAAAGCUCGCACAACUGCCCUCUACAACCAACUCUGCCUCAACCGAAAGAUACCAGCACACUGUAUUGAUCUUCCAAGACCUGAUGACUUCUCAAAAUCUAUAUACACAUUGGAUAUUGGACAUAAUGACCUAGCGUAUGGUUAUCUUCAACAUCGAGCCGAAGGAAGAAUUCGAGCUUCCAUUCCCAAUAUGCUUACCCUGUUUUCCCAAGCAGUCCAUGUAUUGUACAGUGAAGGGGCUAGGAUAUUUUGGAUACAUAACAUGGAUCCAAUGGGGUGCUUGCCUUUCAGUGUUAUGAUGUACCAACCAAAGGCUCACAAUGUGGACCGAAACGGGUGUGUGAUGCCUCAAAAUGAGAUGGCUAAAGAGUUCAACAGGCAGCUUAAGGACAAAGUGUCCCAGCUGAGGACACAACUUCCUUCAGCGGCUUUCACUUACGUCGAUGUCUAUUCAGCCAAAUAUGCUCUAAUUAGCAACGCCAAACAACAAGGGUUCGUAGAUCCUCGAACGUUUUGCUGUGGCAGCUACGAACACCAUGGUCACCAUGUUGAUUGCGGGAAGAAAGUUAAUGGAACAGUUUAUGGGAGUUCAUGUAGGUACCCAUCAAGGCACAUUAGUUGGGAUGGAAUACACUUCACAGAGGCAGCCAACUUGUGGGUUGCAAAUCGCACACUUAAUGGCUUUUUCUCCGAUCCCCCGGUUUCUAUCGACAAGGCUUGUCAUCGGCCACAACUAUAGGUUGUUGCUAAAAAUAGGCUUCAAAUUAAAUAUUUUAACUGUAGUUGUCUUACAAAAUCAAAAUAAAAAAAUAUUUCUCUUAA